AUGAGUGGCAGCGAUCCUCUGUUAGCGAAUCUGAAUGCUUUUAAGAACAAAGUUAAAGUAGGGCCCAGCCCUGUAGCUGCCAAAAUGGUAGAAAGCGAAUCGAAAAAACGUUCAGUCAAGGAGGAAGAGAGCCCACUGCCUAAAAAGAUCAAAAGGGCAGAGACAUCGACACCAGAACAAAGUUUAAGCGGUACGCAUUUGUCAACCAAACUUCUGCUGGCUACGGAGUACAUCCAGGAACGUGGAGAGGCGGUCCCCAUAGAGCAAAUCGAAUCGUAUUUGUCACUCUCUCCCGAAAACAAUGUGAUUCCGCUGCUGAAAAACAUCAACAAGAUCAAGUUUGACGUCAAGCACAAUACGCUACAAUAUGUGUCGAUCUAUGAUGUGCACUCUGCGGAGGAAUUGCUGCAAUUGCUGCGAGCGCAGGUCACUUUCAAAGGCCUCUCUUGUAAAGAGCUCAAAGACGGCUGGCCACAAUGCACGGACGUGAUAGACGAGCUAGAGAACAAGAAUAGAGUGCUUGUUCUACGCACCAAGAAAGACAACCAGCCGCGUUUUGUGUGGUAUAAUUUUGGUGGAUCUUUAGGAGGUGUUGACGAAGACUUUGUAAAGAUGUGGGAAAACUGCAAGCUACCACAACGUGGUGAGUUGCCUCGUAAACUACAAGAUUUGGGCCUAAAGCCAGCGAGUGUGGAUCCAGCUACGCUGAAAAGACAGUCGACACGCGUGGAAGUCAAGAAGCGGAAACAGCGCAGGGGAAAAGUUACGAAUACCCACAUGGCAGGCAUCCUCAAAGAUUACUCGGACCGUGUAUAG